AUGGCAGCUUUCAUGCUCCCAGCUAGAUUUUCAUCACAUCGAGUUUUCGUAAGACGCCCAUCAACACUUUAUUUCAAUCGUUUAAAAGAUAUUACCCAUUUCUACGUGAUCGGUCUUGGUAUAAUGCCUGUGGUUUUGUUGUCUGCAUAUAUUCAUAUCGUGUAUGGAGCAUGUGAAUUGCAAGAUUUGCCUACUGAUGGGCCUCCUGUACAUUACUGGCAAUUUGAGCGAACACCAUUGAAACAAUGGACUGCAAAAUAUCUUUGUCCGUCUGAUAUAGAACAAUACGAACGUAAUCUUGCCUAUUUUGAAAGGGCAAAUAUUUUAAGUAGAUGGAGAAAGAUUGAACAGCGUGUGGAACAUUUGCAAGGUGAGCGUUGGGAUUACAAAGCCUGGUGGUAUGAACCAGUUUCCGCUAGGUGGACGGAAUAUGGAAAAUGGACUGCAGAACGGAUGAGACAUCAACCGUCCCAAUUUUAA